ACAGAGUAGAUUUGCAAUAUAUGACCAGCCAACGAAAAGGGCUUGCGAGGGCGUUAUGGAGCUCCUCUGGUAUUAGUUUAGUAUCAGUGUUGAACCAAACACUGCAAAGCAACAAACUUGCUCAGCGGCCCUGACAGUGACCAUCAUCUAUAAUAAUCAUGUCCAAGGCAUCACAACCGGAACUUAAGAAGUUUAUGGACAAGAAAUUGUUCGUCCAUCUGCAGGGUGGCCGCAAAGUCAGCGGCACUCUGCGUGGCUACGACCUCUUUUUGAACCUCGUCAUCGACGAUGCUCUGGAAGAGUCAACUCCAGCUCAGAAACAUCCCAUUGGCACGGUGGUCAUUCGUGGUAACAGUGUUACAUCGAUGGAGAUUCUCGAAGCUGUCCGUCAGUAGUAAUAGCACCUUCUGGUUGUUGCACUUAUAGAUAACUGGAUGGUUCGGCUUCUACUAUCGCUCAUGGUGCCCACGCUAACUCUUUGCU